CCCCCUCGUCCCCGGUUCGUCCCCCGCCCCCUCCUCAGUUUCGCCGCCCCCGGCCGCACAGCCCCAGCAGCCGAGGAGGAGGAUGGCCGGGCAGAGCGGGAGCGCGGUGCUGCGCUGUCUGCUGCUGGUCUGCGCCCUGUGUGCGCCCUGCGCCGCCCGGAGCCUGAGCAAGAGGGCGCUGCACCCGAGGGGCCCCGACAAGGACGAGGACUAUGAAUACCCGCUGCACCCCCACAACUCCAACUUUCAGAAGAACGACCGCUGCCCUCCCCCGCCGCAGACCCUGCCGGAGCGCGCCUGCGACGUCCUGAGCUGCAGAGCUGACUCUGAAUGUGAGCGCCACAAGCGCUGCUGCUUCAAUGGAUGCAUAUACGCCUGCCUGGAGUCCGUGCAGCCCCCUCCAGUGCUGGACUGGCUGGUGCAGCCCAAACCACGCUGGCUGGGGGGUAACGGCUGGUUACUGGACGGACCCGAGGAAGCGUUACAAGCGGAGGCCUGCAGCACGACAGAGGACGGGGACGAGCCACUGCACUGCCCUACAGGGUACGAGUGCCAUAUAAUUAACCCCGGCAGCCCAGCUGAGGGCAUCCCGAACAGAGGGCAGUGCAUCAAGCAGAGGGGUAACUCAGAUGGGAGGAGCCUGCGGCACAAAUACCCGAAGGAGCAUCACGGCGGGAAUUAUAACAACGUGGUGGUCACAGUCGAUAAGCAGAGCCAGAGACAGCUCGGCUAGAGGUAGUCAGUGACCCCCUAUAGAGGACGUAUAGAGCGCUGUCAGCCAUGUUCCUGGUGCGACGACGACAGCCGCAGUGCCUUACGCCCAUUCCUGCGCCGCGGCCGCCAUCUCCUACUGACCAAUUAGUUGAAGGAUGAAGCUGCGGCAGAGACUUGGAUUUUUUGUAUCUCCCAGAACCAGCAACUGCGCAAAUAAUGAGGCGUGAAACCAAAAGAGCAAAAAAUACAAAGAGAUUGAAAUGUGAAAUAAACUUAAAUUAGGUUUCCUCUCUAGUCUGCACGGAGCGCCAGCGGCCCGGC